AUGAAAACCAUCAUAAAAAGGUAUCCAAACCGCAAAUUGUAUAACACAGAAGCCAAGCGUUACAUCACCCUCGAUGGCAUCGCCGACUUAAUUCAACACGGUCAAGAUAUCCAAAUUAUCGAUCACACCUCCGGCGAAGAUUUGACGACCACGACCCUGACCCAGAUCAUUUUUGAGCAACAAAAAAAGGACGAAGGUUUCCUCUCUCAACCCUUCCUCACCUCUCUGAUUCGAGCGGGUGAAAGUCGCCUCUAUUCGUUGUGGCGUAGUGUGGAAGGAGGGCGGGCUUUUGUGGAGGCGGAAAUUGAGCGGCGUGUGCAGGAGUUGAUCAAUCGGGGUGAAAUUCAGGGAGAGGAAGGGAAAGAGAUGAAGCGCAAAUUGUUGGGCUGGCGUUGGCACGAUCUCCCUGUCGUCAAUACGGUGGAGCAGGCGUGGCAACGCUACAAUUUGCCUUCUACCGAAGAGGUCAAAGAGUUGUUGGGGCAACCGUUCGACGCGCUUUCUCAUAAAUUGAACGAGGUCUUGCACCCCACGCCCCCCGUCCCGCCUUCGGCCGAUUCGACACCCCCACCUCCUGCCAAUGACGACCCUACGCUAUGA